AUGACGACGACUCGAGGUGGGUCGCCGUGGGCAGAUCUCCCCGACGAGAUCCUCGAAGCCAUCGGCAGCCGCGUCGACCGCCCCGUCAACGUCCUCACCUUCCGCUCCGUCUGCUACUCCUGGCGCUCCGCUGUCCCCAUCCCCGACUUCGGCCAGCUAAUUCCGCCCCUCCAAGUCCGGCUCCCUUACCCCACCGACGUCGACGGCGUCCUCGCCCCCUCCACCAUGUGCUGCGCGGAGUUCCAGCCUCCGAUCCCCAAUGGCGAUUCAACCUCCCACGCCGGUCGGCUGAUCAAAAUCGAGGAGUCCAACCGCGGCAAGCUGCAGCUCCUGAACCCUAUCUCCAACCUCAAGCUCCGAUAUUCUCCGAUUCAAUUGAGCUUGGCCGACUUCCGCGUCGUUCAAUUGAGCACCUCAUUCCGCCUCAGAUUGCGGACUGGAUUCACAGCUUUCGAGGUAAACAAAGUCGUCCUGUUUCCCCCCUCUGCGGCGUCGUACUCGCCGCCCCAGCAGCAGAGAGUCACCGUCGUAGCCAUUUUCCAGGAAGGCAGAUUAGGCUACUGGCGAAACGGAGACGAGUCUUGGACUCUAUUAGACGACAAAAAUUUCGAUUACGACGACAUAGUCCCGCACCGGGGUCAAUUCUACGUCGUCGACAGAUUGGGGAAACUGUCUCGGAUCGAUUCGUCCUUGGGUUUCGUCGAGUCCCACUCGCCGCCGCAGAUCCCCGACGGCGGCGGCGGGCAGAAGAAUCUGGUGGAGUCCGGUGGGGAUCUGUAUCUGGUCGACAGGUAUUUGGACGGGAGGAGGAGGAAUUGGAAGGAUGUGGAGGAUGCGCUUAACAACAGCUUUCACGCAAUCCGGUACCUUGUGGGGACGGGGAGGAGCAGGAAAUGGAACCCUAGAGCGGUGGAUUUCAAGGUCUACAAGCUGGAUGAGGAAAUCGGGAAAUGGGUUGAAGUGAAGUCGUUGGGGGGUGAUGGAACAGUGUUUGUGCUGACGACGGAAUGUUGUUUCUCGGCUCCGGCUGCACAGAUCGCCGGCGGGAGAAGGGAUUGCAUUUACUACUCGGAUGAUGAUGAUUAUGUGGCCAGAACCAUGUUGACUACUGAGAGCAUUCGGGUGUUUCAGUUGGAGGAUGGCAGUAUUCAGGAAGUGAAAUCGUUGCCUCGCGAGUCUAAUAUAUUUCUACCUCCUGGCUUUCGUACCGAGUUCUAG